GAGGACUGGGGCGCGUGCGACGGCAAGCACGGGCAGCGGGUCAGGCGGCGGCACAUUGUGCAGCCCAAGCUGGGGCUCGGGCUCGACUGCGAGGGAACCACCAGCGAGGUGGGCGCCUGCGAGCGCAAGUGCCAGGACCGGCGGUACCUCUGCAGCUGGGCCGACUGGUCCGCCUGGGGGAGCUGCUCCACCUCUUGCGGCCCAGAGGGCCGCCUGACCCGCCGGCGCUCGCUGAAGGUGUCCGGGGAGGCGCCUCAGAGGGCGCUCGCCGCCGCCCCGCCAGCCGCGGCCCGGGGCAGCGCAGCCGGCACCGACGAGCUCAGUGCCAAGUACGAGGCGCUGGGGCCAGCUCGCGGCCGCCUUCGGCGCCGGGGCGUUGAACCUUGUGGCCACGCUCGGGCUCGCGGCGCUGCUGUCGCGGCGCGUCAGCCGCGGCGGCGCCGCCGGCGGCGGCGCCGCGGGGGCCUCCUUCCGCCCGAUGCUGCCUGCGUGAGCCCUGGCCGCGUGGGCGGGGCUGCCGCCGCGCUGUAUCUCUGCAUGCCCUGCCGCGUGGAGGGGCCGGCCCUGCAGGGGGCUCGACUGCGAGGCCAGCGGGCUCCCGGCGCCGCCGGCCCCCUCGCGAUGUAAUCUGCGGCCACCUUCCGCUGCACUCGAGGUGCUGAGGUGAGGGGCAGCUCUCGAGGAAGAAGAGACUCUGCGGCCCUCGGCGAAACCUACAGCGGGC